GUUUUUAUGAAAUUAUAAAUAAGACCAACCUUCCUACUAGCCACUAGCCAAAGCUCUGUCUACCCACUUCAUCGUCACAACCUUUGCUUCAUUUUCUCUCUCCUCAAAAACAGAGGCGUAGCAGUUACACACCAAGUUAUUAAAAUUCCACCCUACAUUUCUUUUUUAUUCAAAAAUUUCAUCUUUCUUCUUCUUUAAACUUUGACUUACACAAAUCCAAUCAACAUCAUAAAUUACCCUUCACCAAUUUUUUCUUUUGUUUUUUUCCCCUACAUUUUAUGAUAUAUUCUUGUAUACAUAUAUAUUUCUUGAUAAACCAAACAUAGCCUAAAUUCUUACGCAGAAUUUUUCUCAUAGAAAUUGUCUUUAAAGUCAGUUUCUUUCUUUUGUUCUUGAAUUUUUAUAAAUACCCAGAUUAUAAUUUCCUUCUGAUUAAUUACGCUAAAUUCUUCAAUUUCCUUUAUUUGGGUUUUUCUGGCAAUCAAACAGGGCACAAGGAUUAUCCGAAAACGGAAUUAAAGGCUGAGUUUCUUGGAGAAAAUUCAUUGGGCAAUAUAAAAACAGGGGUUUAUGAUGAUCAAAUGAAUGGUUUUAAGUAUGAAAAUGGUGGUGAUAAAUCUGAUUGUUACAUAGUUGACUUAGAGAAUUUCACCAAUUGUGGAAUUGACAAACAGCACUCAACUUCUACAAAUUCAUCACGAAUUACUCUUUAGCUCCACUGAAAGAAAGAAGAGAGAGAAAAAAUGGCGUCGCCGGCAGUAAUCCGGUGUUACGCACUCACAUUUACACUCUCACUGUUUCUGCUCAUCACACCGUCCAUUUCCAUCUACUGUGAUGAUGAUGAUUGCUAUGAUCUUCUUGGGGUUUCUCAAAAUGCGAACGCUUCGGAAAUCAAGAAAGCUUACUACAAGCUCUCUUUGAAAUACCAUCCUGAUAAGAAUCCGGACCCAGAAUCUAGAAAAUUGUUUGUAAAGGUUGCAAAUGCAUACGAGAUUUUGAAAGAUGAUGAAACACGUUCACAGUAUGAUUAUGCUAUAGAGCAUCCAGAGGAGUUUUUCUAUAAUACUGCAAGAUACUACCAAGCUUACUAUGGUCACAAGACGGAUCCUCGUGCUGUUCUAGUUGGUCUUCUUCUUAUUCUCUCUGGAUUGCAAUAUGUAAAUCAGUGGACAAGGUACAAUCAGGCUGUAGAGAUGGUUAAGAAGACACCUGCUUACAAAAAUAAGCUACGGGCAUUGGAACUUGAACGCUCAGGAGGAGUAUCUAAUAAGAAGAAGAAUAUCAAAAUGAACAAGACAGUACAAGAGGAUUUGAGUAAGGAGCUUGAUUUACAAAUUACAGGAGCUGAAAAGCCGUCUGUAUGGGGCCUAAUUGGUGUUCGAAUUGUCCUUUUACCAUACACUCUCAUCAAGCUUCUUUUGUGGCAUGGGUGUUGGUUUUGGAGAUACAGCUUUAAGAAAGCGCCAUAUUCUUGGGAAGAUGCCUCAUACCUUACACUUAGAUCACUUGGUGCAUCUGCUGAUGCAUGGAGGAAUCUUGAUGAAGCGACCAAGGAUGAUCUUGUUAAGAGAAAACUGUGGGUGAAAUCCAACUUGGACAGCUACGUGUCGGAGAUGCGGAGAGAAUCAAAGCGUCGAAGAUAGUUGAUAUUCUUUUGCUGACAAUUUUGUUCCAAAAUAUGCCGAGAUGACAUUCUUUUUCAUUUAGUGAUGCAAACCAUUCUCAGUGGAAGGGGCAGGAAAUGGCAGUCAAAUUAAUGGGAUCUUUUGCGUAAAAGACUCGCUCCAUCUAAGAACAUGGAAUGGCACCUAGAACAUACUCACACCGGCAAUGUGAACAUAGGAUAGUUCUACAUUUAGGUCUUCAAUUUUGAUUCUAGUAAUUUGAGUACAAGAUGCUGCAUUUUUACGAAAGACAUUGUGAUGAAUAUACUCACACUGGCAUAUACAAUAUACCAAACAAGUAUUCUGUUUUAGUCUACAGUUUACAGGUUGUGACUCUAUUAGCUGAAGAGUUUCAUCUUAAGCAAACAA